CAGAGAAAACGAUUCAAGACCAACCAUAUUUCUAGAGGAGCUAGAUCUCUUAAGUUGAAAAAGAUGUCUAAAUCUAGAGAUAUAAAGUUGUUUGGUACGACAAUUACAUCUCUUUCAGCUGUGAAUCAUUAUGAUCCGUCGCCGUUGUCCGCAGCUCAUGGUGGUUCCGACCAGAGCAAGGAAGCUUCUUCGUCUUCCUCGUCUUCUUGUUCUCCCUCUAUCAGACCAGACAGGGUUCUCGCUGAUAAAAACGAGCAAGAAAGUAGCAGAUUCAAGGAUCCUUACACAUUAUCCCAUCUUAACGAACCGCCAAAAGCAGCAUCUGAGAUUUUAUCACCAUUAAGCUCCAAGACUAACACCGAUCAACAGAGCGAGCUCACAACAACAAGUACAUCAGCAGCUGAUAAACCAACAACUCUCAAGAAACCGGACAAGAUACUUCCAUGUCCGAGGUGCGAAAGCGCAAACACCAAAUUCUGUUACUACAACAACUACAACGUGAGCCAGCCACGUUACUUCUGCCGGAACUGUCAGAGGUACUGGACUGCUGGUGGAUCCAUGAGAAACGUCCCCGUUGGUUCUGGCCGCCGCAAGAACAAAGGAUGGCCUUCUUCGAACCAUUACUUGCAUGUCACCUCUGAGGACUAUGAGAAUAACAACAACUUGGGAACGAUCCUCAGUUUCGGUUCUUCAGAAUCCUCGGUUACAGAGACUGGUAAGCAUCAGCCAGGAGAUACAAAGAUAACCGCUGAUUCAGCUUCUCAACAACACCAAACAGGUCAAGGCUUUCUUCCUCCGCAAGUAAUGUUUCCGAAUAAUUCUUCCCCUUGGCCUUACCAAUGGAGUCCAGCGGGUCCUAAUGCUAAUUUCUACCCUAUACCUUUCUACUGGGGCUGCACGGUUCCUGUAUGGCCUACCUCAGAGACUCCAACAUGCUUAGGGAAACGAUCAAGGGAUCAAACACAAGGAGGAGGAAUGAGAGAUGCUUCUAUUACAACACGAGAAAGAUUGGUUUCAGAAACUCUUAGCAUUAGCGAAGUUACUAAGACCGCGGUGUGGUCGCCAAAGCCCGAGAGAAAAACAGAAGGAUUCAGUCUGUUCAAUGGAUUUGAAACAAAGGGUAGUAACAGAAGAAGCUUCGUUCCCGAAACGUCUAUCAAUCUACAAGCAAACCCUGCAGCGAUGUCUAGAUCAAUGAACUUCAGGGAGAACAUGCAACAAUAAUCAAGCACUGAUAUAGUAUAUAUAGAUACGAAUAUUCAUGAAUUCUGAGAGAUUUGAUUAAGCUAAUUGUUACCUUGCCAAAUAAGGUAAAGCUGUGUAGAUCAUUUGUUGUUUCGAACUAAGAUCAGAUAUAGUAUGUUGGAGUUGUAAAUAUUUCUCUCCAUUGUUGUGUUGAAGUUGCAACAUAUAUAUAAACUUUUAGAUUAAUAUC